UAUAUAUAUAUAUGUUAUGUUCAGCUAUUUGAUAUAUUUGUUAUGUUCAUCAUUUUGAAAUUAUGUUGACUGGAAAGUCAUGAAGAAAUCAUGGAAAAGUCAUGUAAAUUCAUUGGUCAAAAUGUGCAGGAAAAUUGACUUUUAAUGCUUUUAAUGUAAUUUUUUUAUAUAUAGUGAUUGACUGUGAUUUUAUUUCAUUUUAUUUCAAUUGUUUUAACUCUUGCAUGUGCACAGAUUCACAUCUGCUUGCGUUGUGCCAAUGUUUUAUAUAGCGCUGCAAGUCUGAAAGUGAAGCUACAAUGUAGCCAUGUAGAAAAUAAUCCAAUCAGAGUGUGGGAAAGCGUAAUCCUGUGUAAUCCCAGCACAGCCAUGAAGAACAGAGAUCUUUCAGGCAGUGAGAGUGCCCAGACAGACACAGCAGCACUGACAAACAUCCUCUCCUUCAUUAAAGAAUUCAUGAUUAUACAGUAUUACCUCAGCUGUGAAUCUGUAAUGAAUUAUGAAUUUAACUGGAGCUCCACAUUUUACAAAAGCAAUAAUUUAGCAUUAAAUGCUCUAUAAUACCCUGGAUGUGAUCCGUGUUGUUUCCCCUCACAUGGCCAGGCAGGUGCAGGAACACUUGCACAGGUCACCUGUAACCUUUAAGCGGUUGUUUUUGAGGAAUGUGUGCAUGAUGUCAGUGAGGGGGGAGCAAAAACAUCUUGCAUUUAUUCUCUAAUAGGCACCUUAUAUAUACAUGAGUUUUGUAAAAAAAUUAAAGUUUACAGUAGAAGCACCAGAAAUUUCUCUUUGGAUGUGUAGAAUAUUUGUGUGGUCAAAUAUAUAUUUUUUAUUUAUUUAUUUUAUGUGUAUGUGGUCCCGGUGUGCCUCUACCUUUGUAUUUGGGUGUUGGGUUGCCAGGUGCUUCAGUCUCAUUUGAUCACAGCAUGAUCAAGAGUUUCCCAGAGGGUUUCCCUAAGGGAUCUUGGCAGUCCAACAGCUGCCACCUGGCUGUUUCUACGGCAACUGACCAGACCACCUUCAACAACCACACCUGAGAGAAGGAGAGAGGGGGAGAGAAGAUACCACAGACUCUGUUAGGAUGGGCUACGAUCUGGAACGCUUCGUAGGCUAUGUGAACGAGGGUCUGCUGUGCUGUGUGUGUCGGGAUGUGUUAGAAGAUCCUCUGCAGGCUCCGUGUGAACAUGCCUUCUGCAGCUCCUGCAUUCAUGGAUGGCUCAUCCACCAUAACAGCUGUCCUGAGGACCGCUUGCCUUUAGACAUCACACAUCUACGCCCACUAUUCAGAUACAUGAGGAAUGAUUUAGCAAGGCUGCAGGUGAGGUGUGUGUUCCGGCCACAAGGUUGUGAGGUCAUAUGUGCUCUGGAGUCUAUUCAUCGGCAUGAGCAACAGUGUGAUUACGCUUUGCUGAACUGCAGUAAUGCAGGUGACGAGUACUUGUGUUACCGUUGUGGCUGCCCAGUUCAGGUGUCGCGGCGCUCUCUGGAAGCUCAUCUGUGUGUGUGUGAGUACAGCAGUAGAGUUUGCGCAAGCGGCUGUGGAUACACAAUCCUAAACAAUGAGGAGGCCCAACACAACUGUGUAUCAGAGCUACGAGCUGAGCUGGACAUGCUCAGGGCGGAAUUAGACUGCAAAGUCGAAGAAGUAAGGCAUGAAAUGGAAUCUCGCUUGGAUUCCCAAAGACGACACAUGGUGCAGAAGGAGAGUUUGCUGAGGAGUGAAGUGGAUGAACUUAAGGGUCAACUGUCCCGCGUCAUGGCAGAUGUCCGCAUUCUACUGGGUGCAGAGAGAGCACGCAGACAAGAGCUAGAGAGGGCGGAGCUUGAGAAGGCAGAGCUUCUUGAACUUUUAAAAAAGGAGGGGCUCAGACCAGCCACACCCUCUGAAGCUGCAGCUCCGCCCCCUGCUGAGGUGCCGAGAAAGCAAAGCCCAAGAAGCCUAGCUUUGGACUGCAUCAAAAGGAAGAAUAGAGAGGUGACGGUUAUCUGA